AUGGAUCCAAACUUUAUUCAAAACAACGUCACUCAAUGUGCAAUUGCUAGACGUAGGAGGAGGUUUAUUUUGACAGCAAAGAGAAAUGCACCUUACGUUGUGCAUACCCGGCAAUCUACUGAUUUACAGACCCGUAAUAAUGUAUCCACUUUACCGCCUUCUCUUUCAAGUCCUUCAUCUAAUACACCAAUUGGUACUGUUUCUUCUACUAACUAUGAAAACUUGGAAAAUACUUCUGAAGCUACUAUUGCUAGAAGGAGAAGGAAGCUAAUUUUAAGUAACAAGAAAAAGUCCUGUAAUAUUGCAGACAAGGAAAAUUAUACCGGGGGCCAUCAACACUUUGCUAUCCCUAAUCAGGCCCCAUUCACUGUUGCACGUAUACCUCUUUCACCUAGCAAUUCUAAUUUGAUAAACACUGGACCAUUUCAGAGACAUCUCCAACAACAAUCUAUGCCUAAAAAAAUUAGAUUGCUUGGAAGUAAACAAAACCUGUUCGAACAUUGCUCUAAGACUAUUCAACCGAGUUAUAACACGAGUCACGCAUCUACGUCUAAUGCCCCAACCUACAGUCAAUAUGUAACUCCUGAUAUUGCAGCAGAAUGGCAUCAUUCGGAUGAUGUCGUGUCUAAUUCUGACGACGAAUUCAGUUUGAAUGGUAGUUCUGACUCUGAUGCCAGCAUGGAUCCUGAACCCUUAACAGAUUCACAUUUGCAAGAAUAUUCGGAUAUAGGAGACCAAGUAUGGGAAUGUCCAUGUUGUCAAUCUUGUAUGUGGUAUCAAGAACGUAUAAAAAAAUCGCGCCAUACAACUGUUCCUAAGUUCCAUCGUUGUUGCAAGGGUGGAAACAUUGUACUCCCCCUCCUACAAGACCCACCACAACUGUUGCAACAUCUUCUAUAUGAUGGCACUUCUCCACAGAGAGGCCCACCUACUUUAAGACUGCACGGUCAAACAUGUCAUCGCAUAGGUACUCUACUACCGAAAAUUGGAAAUCUUCCGCAAUAUGCUCAGCUAUAUAUUUAUGACACUGACAACGAAGUUGAUAACAGAAUGAAGUGUUUCAGGAAAAAUGAAGUGGUCAAAAGGGACAUUGUCACUAAGCUGAAGCUUAUGUUAGACGAGUUCAAUGUUCAUGCAAAGGCUUUUAGGAUGGCAAGGGAUCUUUUGAAGUCUAAUAAUUUCUUAGACUUAAAGUUGAGACUCAUUAGUGAUAGACCCGGGGAUGGACGCGUGUACAACAGACCCACUGUGUCAGAAGUUGCUGCUCUGAUUGUUGGAGAUAUUGAUUCUGCCUCUAAAAGAGACAUCAUCAUUCAACCACGAGAUGGUCAUUUGCAACGCAUUGAUGAGUUUCAUGCUGCGUACUUAGCAUAUCAAUACCCUCUCAUUUUUGUGUAUGGCGAAGAUGGAUACAGGAAAAAUAUAUUGAAGAAAUAUGAACAUCAAACUGAAGUUAAUAGGAGAAACCGUCAAUCCAUCAAAGAUUGGCUAUCAUUCAGAUUGCAGGAACGCCACAACGAGGCUAAAACAUUACAUCACUCAAGACGGCUAUUUCAACAGUUCUUAGUCGACGGUUAUGCAAUGAUGGAGUCUGAACGACUUAAUUGGUUGAGGGACAAUCAAUCAAAGUUAAGAGUUGGUAAAUAUAAUAAGUUGAAUGAUCAAUGUGGUGGUGGCGAGCCAAAUCAACGAUCAAAGCGAGGAAAACGUGUAGUAUUACCAUCUACUUUUGUUGGUAGCAAGAGAUACAUGGAUCAAUUGUAUUUUGAUGGGAUGGCCAUUUCAAGUAGGUUGGGAUUUCCUGAUUUAUUUGUUACAUUUACUUGCAACCCCAAUUGGCCAGAAAUCACUCGUGCAUUGUCUGGAACUGGGUUAAAGCCGCACGAUCGACCAGAUAUUAUUACAAAAGUUUUCAAAAUCAAGUUUGAUGAACUCAUGAAUGAUAUUACAAAACACCAUGUUCUCGGAAAAGUCUUGGCAUUUAUGUACACGAUUGAAUUUCAAAAGCGGGGAUUGCCGCAUGCACACAUUUUGAUCUUCUUGCACCCUCAGAGCAAAUAUCCAACACCUUCGGACAUAGAUAACAUCAUUUGUGCAGAAAUUCCAGACCCUAAUCUUCAUCCAACUUUAUACAAUUUAGUUAGGGCACAUAUGAUGCAUGGACCUUGUGGCCUAUCACGAAUGAACUCGCAAUGUAUGAAAAAUAGAAAGUGCUCAAAAUACUUCCCGAAGAAGUUUAUUGAAGACACAAUUGUUGAUGCUGAAGGUUAUCCCCUUUAUAGAAGAAGGUCAAACUCCCAUGUUAUUCAAAUAAAUGGUAUCGAGCUAGACAAUCGACAUGUUGUACCUUUCAAUACAAGACUACUUUUGAAAUACCGUGCACAUAUAAACAUGGAAUGGUGUAACCAAAGUACAUCCAUCAAAUAUCUUUUCAAAUAUAUACACAAAGGCUUUGAUAGAAUCACGGCAACAGUUUCAAGGAAUGACAAAGAGCCAAUUGAUGAAAUCAAACAAUAUCUGGACUGCAGGUAUGUAUCCCCGAGUGAAGCGUCUUGGAGAAUUUACUCUUAUAAUAUUCAUGGCAGAAAACCCGCGGUCGAACGUAUGUUCUAUCAUUUAAUAGGUGAGAAAGCUAUUUACUACACUGAUCACGAUCGAAUGGAAAAUAUAUUGGAAAAUGCAAGUGUCACCGAAUCCAUGUUUACAGCUUGGCUGGUUGCAAAUGGAAAAUACGAAGAAGCCCGGUUACUGACGUACGGCCAAUUUGUAUCAAAAUUUGUUUAUGAUAAGAGAAAAAGAAUGUGGAAGCCUCGCAAAAAGGGGUUCACCAUCGGUCGUUUGAUAUGGGUUCCACCAACCACUGGAGAACUAUUUUACCUGCGGAUGAUGUUGACGGUAGUCAAGGGGCCGACGAAUUACGAGGAAAUUCGGAAAAUUGGUGACGACCAAUAUGAUACAUUUAGGGAUGCAUGCUUUGCAAUGGGCUUUCUUGAAGACGAUAAAGAAUACAUUGGAGCUAUCAAAGAGGCGAGUGAAUGGGGUUCAGGUCAUGUUCUUCGCAAACUUUUCGUCGUUAUGCUUUUGUCAGGUGCUGUUAAUCGCCCUGCUCAUGUUUGGAAAGAAUCAUGGAUGCUAUUAGCGGAUGAGUUGUUAUUGACGGAGGCUGAAUUACAGAAUUUGACGUUAAUAGAAAUUGAAAAACUCCUUCAGGCAAAUCGAAGGAGUCUCACAGAUUUUAAGCCAAUUCCAUAUCCGGAUGGGUAUGUUCUGCAACAAUUAGGCAAUAGACUCAUAUAUGACGAACGUAAUUACGAUGCGUCGACAAUGAGAUCCGAAUUCACAAAUCUCUUCAAUGCUCUUACAGAUGAACAGAGGGGCAUAUAUGAAAGAAUUAUGGAGUCUGUCCAAGCGCAAAAGGGUGGUGUGUUCUUCCUACAUGGUUACGGCGGUACUGGUAAAACCUACAUGUGGAGGACACUUGCAAGCAAAUUGAGUGGAAUAGCUUCUCUUUUAUUGCCUGGAGGUAGAACCGCACAUUCUAAGUUCAAGAUACCUGUACCAACAUUGGAUAAUUCUACUUGCAAAGUAGAAUAUAACGAUGACGUUGGAGAGCUUCUUAGGCAAACAAAACUUAUUAUAUGGGAUGAAGCACCCAUGGCACACAAGCAUGCUUUAGAAGCACUUGACAGAACUUUGAAGGAUGUAAUGAGUACCUACAGUAACUCCAAGGAUGUGUUUGGUGGCAAGGUUAUUGUAUUUGGUGGUGAUUUUAGACAGAUUUUGCCUGUUGUUCCAAGAGGGAGUCGUUCUGAUAUCGUACACUCUACGAUAAAUGCUUCUUAUAUAUGGCAUUCGGUCCAGGUCUUAACCUUAACACAAAACAUGCGGCUUCAUUCUGGACCAACUGAACAAGAUAAAAGAGAGAUUGCAGACUUUUCUAAUUGGCUUCUGAGAAUUGGUGAAGGCAAAGUUUCAGAACCAAACAACGGUGUUGCUGAAAUUGAAAUACCCCCUGAACUUUUAAUAACGGACUUUGAUGAUCCUAUUGUUGGUAUUGUCAGUAGUACAUACCCUGAUUUCAUUCACAAUUACAAAUCUAACGAUUAUCUCAAAAGUCGAGCAAUACUCGCUUCUACGUUAGAAGUUGUUGAUGAGAUAAACGACCACCUUCUUGCCUUGAUGCCAGGAGAGAUACACGAUUACUACAGUUGUAAUUCAGUUGACAAAUCUGAAAUUCAUGAUCCAACCGUAGUUGACAUCCUUACACCUGAGUUUCUUAGUUCCCUACGAACAUCUGGCUUGCCUAACCAUCACUUAAAGUUAAAGGUUGGAACACCUGUUAUGCUAAUGCGAAACAUUGAUCAGUCAGAAGAUAUACAUUUCAUUCUUGUGAAGAUAUCGUUAUCUGCAUUUCGUAAUGAUUCAGCAACUGUAAAUGUUAUGCCCAAAAUGCAGGCAAUUUGUUAG